AUGGCUACUCCAAAUGAUCUCCAAGCCCUCCUGGCUUCCAUUCGGCCACGUCCCUCGCCGAAUCACGGGUCUGCACAAGACUCUGGUCCGCAACAGCGGCCGGGGCAGCCGAUGUAUGCGCAACCUCAACCCCAGUACCAUCACCCUAGCAUGUUCCCGCAGCACCUGCAGCACCCGCAACACCCUCAGUACCCUCAAUUUGAUGGUUGUCAAGAGCUGCCUCCCACGAUGCAGCAUCCAGACUUUCACAGGUAUCAGGAUCACGAUGUUAAUGGGUAUCACCAUCCAUCGGUGGCAUCAGCCAUUCAGAGCCCUGCCCCAAUGCAGUCGGUUAAUACACCUCCUCAUCAUGGAUCUGAUAUCCUUAGCCCGAACGUGCCUUCCCCUCGCCCCGACUUCAAUCAGUAUCCGCAACAGAAUAAUUCAGAAGGUGCGGUCAACUUGCUGAAUCUCCUGAGAUUUGGCCAGGGCCCUACCGCUGCGGUCCCACCGACUGCUGUCGCUAUGGCAUCGGAAUCAUCGCGGCCUUCUCCAAUUCAGGAGGUAGCCUCAUCUUCGCACGGACGAAACAUUUCCUCGUCGAACUUGGUUACCUCUCUGCUUGGCGGCACUCAGACCCCUGCUCAAGCUGCUGCUGCUGAAAUUGCGGCUCCUGCUCAGGAAGAGGGUGGCCCAAGUGAUCAGACUCAGAAUAUUCUGCUCCGACUUCUCAACAGAUCCCAGUCUGCCAAUGAGCCAACGGAAGCUCCGAUCUCAGUCGCAUCAAACCAGUCCAGUUCUGGGGCGUCUAUUCAGAAGAAGCCAUUGGAGACCAAUGACACCCCGACGGAGACCAUCACUUCCAUUAUCGAGACUGCGAAGCCGGAAACGGUCGUAUCUCCCUCUAAGGAAUCAUUGUUCACCUAUGUCAAUCCAUUUGACCAGCUGGCUGCCAUUUCGCCUGGCCCCAAAUCCCAAUCCCAGUCGGACGACGAGGGCUCGGUCUUUGAAGAUAUGCAAAAGUUGAAGGUUGAUCCUUCCGCCAAUGUUAAGUCUUGUCGGGCUACCGAUUUGGCCUCAUCCCAGAAGCCGAAACGGAGCCAGUCGCCGGUUCUUGAGCCGGGACAAAAGCAGGCAGUGGAUGGUGUCGUUGCUCGCCUUGUCGACGAGAUCUCGCGCUCGCUCAACAGUGGGGAAACCCAGGCUGAGAAAGCCGAGGUCGAUGUCGAGGUUGAAGCUAAGGCUGACGUGGAAGCGCAAGCUCUCGCUGCGGAACCGACCGAGGAUGUGAUCUCAUCGAUCACCGACCAGCUGCAAAAGACUGUCAUUGAGCCCAAAGAAGUCGCUGAAAUGCGAUCAGAGAGUAACACCGCUGAUACCACUGCUCCUCAGACCCGGAAUGAGAAUGCCGAGGCUCUGGCUGACAGCUGGGAGAGCGCAGAGGACAGUGCCGAGAAGGAAGAGGUGCGCGUAGUGUGCGUUCGGAACUUCCCCCUGCGGCCGUUCAUCUCUGUGACUGUCAAACCGCAAACUGGGAAGAUUGUGUCUUUCCGUGACGACGCUGUUAUGGACAUCGCUCGUCUUAAGAAGGAAUUCGAUCAACUGGACCGCACAUUGACGGCUGCCACAUCUGAUUACAUUGUGUAUGCGCUUGCGAAGAGUGGUGGAAUUCGGAUUAUUCGCCAGGACGACGGCAGUGACCGUCAAGUCUUCCGAUCAUCUCGGGAUCGUGUAUUCAACGUUUCCUUGUGCUCGUCUCCCACUGUGAUGAGCCAAUCGGAUGUGCAGGCCAUCCUCGGGAUCGGCGUUAGCGGUGCGGUUUACUGGUCUCUAAUCUCGCGGGAGGGCAAGGAUCUGUUCGAGAUGGAUGCGCUGGAGAGUGAAAGCCUCAUAUUCCCGCCUUUUCCAGCCUCGGAUGAGAACACCUCUGGUGGUCAGCUGAAAACGCGGGCCAAACAGAGUUCUCGUCAUGCGGAUCUCAUUGCCAUCGGACGGGGCAAGUGCAUCUAUGUCGUUUCUCCCCAGGCUGCGAUGAAUCCUAGCUUUGGCGUGUCUGGUACCCAACGCACGGUGAACACGGAGAAGUUCUUCAAGCAGCAUGCUCUGAAGAUUUCUUGUGGUAAAGCUGGAAAGGAUUUUGCCUUCAGUGGUGAUGACACCGUCAUUGCGUCGCUGGACAAGACUGGCCGUUUGCGCUUCUGGGACACUCGCGAGCUUUUGGAUCGCAACAGCUUCGCUGAGGGUCAUGUAUGGAAUGAGGUGCGGAUUCCGUUGAACACAUUCGUGACCGGCUCUCCAGCAGAGAAGUCCUGGCCCACCUCAGUGCUCUUCGUGGAUAAGCUGCGUCCGUACACACGCUCGCAUGCUCUCCGGUACGUUCUUGUGGGAUUGAAGCAGAAUCACACCUUGCAGCUCUGGGAUAUUGGGCUUGGCAAGGCCGUGGGAGAGGUGAACUUCCCUCAUGAGAACGAGUCCGAUGCAAUCUGCAGCGUGGUCUUCCAUGCCUCGUCGGGUAUCAUCGUAGUCGGGCACCCCACUCGCAAUUCGAUUUAUUUCGUGCAUCUGUCGGCGCCAAAGUAUAGCUUGCCAGCUAUGUCACAGGCCCAAUUCAUCAUCGCUGCGAGUGACAAGGAUAGCCCUCUGCCCAAACCGGAUUCAACUGCAUGCUUUAGCGGAAUUCGGGAGAUUUCCCUCGGCUCCAAGGGCCAGCUCAGAAGUCUGGAGUUGUUACCGUUAUCCAAGACUGGCACGGAAAAGCGUGCUUCAGAUGAAACUGACAUAUUUGAGUUGUAUGUGAUGCACUCACGUGGAGUGACGUGCUUGAACAUUAAGAAGGAAGAUUUGGGUUGGACAUUGGAUAACAAAGUUAUAUCUCCGAUUGAUGCAUCAGAGGAGGGUUCAAUUGAGGUCCGCGAUCUGCAAUCGUUCCCACAGUCUGUGGUUGAAGACCCCUCCAUUAACGGCGACAUUCCAUCCUCUGCGUCACGUACCCCCAAAGACGCUGUUAAGAAAAACGACAUUGUUGACUCCCCCGUUAUUUCUUCCUCCCGCAACCCUUCACCCACAAAAUCUUUCACCAAGAAGAAACCUGUUGACGAGCUACCUGAAUCUAUUUCCAUCCCCAGCACCACUGAAAAGCUUGACAAGAAAAAGAAGAAGAAGGUUUCCCCCGACGCUGCGGCCAAAUCCAAAGAUCUGACUUCUACUGCUGGUGCUGAACCCCAUCCUAUUACGUCCUCCAAAGAAUCUGAACCUCUCGCUACCUCCACCGCCACCAUGUGGAACCCACAAGCUGGAGCUGACGACUCUUACGCUGGCCUUCCCGAGUUUGUCACGCGCCAGUUUGCCGUUCAGCGCAUGGAUAUUUCGGAUGACUUCAAUGAUUCUCUGAACAAUGGCCUCGAUCGUCUCUUCCAACGCUUCGACUCUGAACGCCAACUCUGGGAUAGCGCUUCUAACGUCAAGCAAGAGAAACUUCUCCGUCUUGUCUCAGACAAGCUGACUUCGGACAUUGAAAAGAAUUUCCGACGCAUGUUCAAGGACGCCAUGGAGACCCAGGUUUUCCCUACCGUCGAGAAGUUGACCACCGUUGCCGCUUCUCAACUCCUGGAGACAAACCUUUCGAACUACCUCCCGAACGCCUUGCACGCGCAACUUCAAAAUUCUAUCCCCCAGUUUGUCGACUCGGUCUUCCGAAACGAAGGUCUGGUUGACGGAGUGGCCUCCUCUAUGCUGAACCAGCUCGGCGAGCACGUUCAACGCGAAGUUUCUCUGACUGUCCAGAAUUCAAUCGCGCCCUUGAUGGAAGAACUCAAUGUGCGAUCCAAGCAAGCCUCUGAUGAGGCGCAGAGCCGCAUCAAGGCCUUGGAGGAGGCACGGGAGAAUGAUUGGGUGACUGCCCAGGCCACCCAGAAGAAACUGGAGCAGAUGGAAGAGAUGAUGCGUACUAUGAUGGCGCAAAUGGGUCACGGAAAUCACGUUUCCCGCGCCUCGAACGCCUCUAACGGUACCCCAACAAUCCCCACUGCUGCCCAAGCUCCCGUCCAGCCUGCGGCUCCCGUCCAGCCUGCGCCCCCUGCGCCCCCAGUUCAGCCUGCGCCCCCCGUCCAGUCUACACCCCAUACCCCUCAGGAACACAUCCUGAGUCUGCAGGAGGAGCUUGCGGAAAUCCACCGGUUGUUCGUGACCAGCCCCCCGCCCCACGAGCCGGCCAUUAUCAAGUGGAUACGAUCGGAGCGCCAGGCAGAGGUGUUUGACAACUACUUCUGCCAGGUGGACCCCGUCAUCGCGGCUCGGGUCCCGUCCAUUGUGGGCAUCUCCGUUGCUGUGGCCGUGACUGGAACUCUGCGGGAGAAUACCUCUGCUCGCCUCCGCUGGCUGGAAUCGGUUUUGACCAACCUGCACCCUCACGAUGAGGAGCUGGCAGGUGUGGUGGGUCCCAUCAUGACCCUGCUUCACAACCGGCUUUCCGAGCUUUUCCACGGGGUUCAGUCUGUGGACCCCAAUUCUCCUCUUAACCGGGAGAUCAUUCACGUCUGGCGGCGUGUACAGCAGUUGCAGCGCCAGGUGGAUGGUGGUGAAGCCCGCCCAGUCGGUGUGUAA